AUGACCUUUGGCUGGUUCGUCUGCUCUCUCUUCGCCGCCUUGAUGUUCAAGGUCGACAUAGCCACUGCCCUGACUAUUGCUGCUUGUUUGACACCAACCGAUCCUGUUCUGUCAUCGUCCAUUCUCUCAAACAGUCAAUUCAGUACCAGAGUGCCGAAACGCAUCAAGGAUAUGCUGGCUGCAGAGUCCGGUUGCAAUGAUGGAAUAUCAUUCCCGUGA